AUGUGGUUAUUAUUAGUUUCGCGCUACAGUGUGAUGGACCAGCCUUUGUUUUCUUGCACAAAAUGCCACCGGAAUUUUGCACAGUCAGAAAUGUCUAGAUCAGGGCAAACAUGCAAAGGAUGCAACCCUCACCACUCAACGUUCAAGCAAUGUGAAUAUUGUAAGUCUGACUUCAAGUACUACGUUUUUGGAGAUAUCUGUCCACGGUGUCAGUCACUGAAAAGUAAAUAUGGGGAGCCUCAACCCUGUUCAAUAUGCAAGUUAAGGACUGCGUUCGGCAGUGCUUUGGUUUGCCAGCGCUGCUUACACUAUAGAAACAGAUUUGGCGAACCGAGACAAUGCCACUCGUGUGGAAAUAUGUGCGCGUUUUUAAAAGAUGAAGCUAGCCGCGUAAAGGUUGAUGGUCAGAUUCUCUGUUGGGUGUGUACGUACAACUUUAAAUUAGCUCGAUCUAGAGAAAAGUCUACUCAUGGAUCAACUAAACGUCGACACGAUAAUAAUCAGUUUUCAGAUACAAGUCAUUCAAAAUCUCUUCAUGACUCGUUGAAAAGAGCAUGCACCGAUGAGUAUGGAUCACGAAAAUGUGAAACACAGAUCAAUUCUCAACAGGCUUUAACGACCCAGAUGCUUAGUUUGGAUACUGUAUACAAUGAACACUUACUUACUAUUAGUCAGUUGCAAGAUGAAAUUAAAUCACUCAAACGUCAACUAACACUUAAAGAUGCUGACUUGUUGGCUAAAGAUCGGUUAAUAGCUGAAUUACGCUCUGAAAUGAUCGAUAUGAAAAAUGUACAUGAAGAUCGUAUACACAAAGUGAAAUCAGCUGGACAACUUGAACAAGAUCGUUUGUUGGUCACAAUACGCCAACUACAGAAAGAGAAAGUAACUCUUAGUCAAGGUUUAAAACGUCGUAAAUGUAAUACUAGUCUCGUUGGACUUUCAAAUCAUCGACAUUCUAUCUCCUCAUCAACACUAUUCAACCCAGAUUCACCGCUUGUUGUAAGCAGUAGUGCAAAACAACCAACUACCACCACUAAAACACCAGUUGGAAAUCAGAUUGGUGAAAGUGGAGGCGACAAAAGAACACCAUCGAAGUUCAGUAAAUCUUCAAAAGAUAGUACACCCGAUUCAAUAAAUCGUUCAGUUGAAAAACGACUUCUAAUUGAUAGUAAUAGCGUACAAGCUUCGGAUGAAGACUCCAAUUUAACGCCAAAACGUACAGACAGUGAGAGUAUAAAAAGAAAGCAUACUAGUUCUCCAGAUCUAACGCCAAGUGCAUCAUCUGAACCGCUUACAGAAGAUGAAGAGGAGGCAGGUUCACAGUCAUAUCAGUUCAAUCCUCAGGAGAUGAUUGACAAAGAUCCUCUUGGAUUAGAUACACCAACAGAAUCAGAUGAUGAAGCAGCUGAGUGA